GGGUGGCGCUGGAGUUCAAGGAAAUUAUUUAGUGGCAAGAUAUCCUUUGGGUCUCUCUCUCUCUCUCCCAUACCGGCGCAUUUAGUACUAGCUCCGUCUUUCGGUCAACUGUCAGGAAUAGAGAACAACAUCAAGUAUCAUUCACCUCUUUUCUGUCUCCAUGAGGACUGAAACCUUCGGUGUAAAAGCAGAGAAGGCGGUCACUGCUCGCUGGUAGACGCAGAGGGAAAACUUUGCAAGUGCUCUGGAGGAAGCGAGAUUCGCCCAGUGCGGUGGACGGGCGUUGAUCUCGUCUCCCGGCACAGCAUCUUAAGAAAUUGUCGGAGCGUCAAAAGUGUAGGAAUAUCAAUCCAUUCAUGCUUUCCCUAAUUUUGCCCGAGUCCGUCACAGGCGUUGCUUGGUUUACGGAGGAAACUUAUAUUCUAUUUUGAAAGCGCUGUAGGAAGGUGCUGGCAUUGUGCCCAAGAGGAAAGACAUGUUUUUUGAUCAAGAAGAAACAACCUAGGUGGGCACGCAGUAACGCUUGACGAAAAUGCAAAUGAGGUCAUGGCACUUCAAAUGGUUAGGAAUAUGGAUAGGACUUCUGCUGUUAGCCACGUGUUGCCUGUCACAAGACACAGAUGACUGGCAGUAUGAUGAAUGCAAACUCUCCAGGACUGGACCACCUGCCACAAUUGUUGCCAUAGAUGAAGAGAGCCCAAAUGGAACGCUUUUGGUUGAGAAUAUGCAAAUCCAAGGCCGAGCAGAAGACCCAGGUAGAACCAUCUCUCUCUCCCUCCGAGACAACUACAACCACUGGGUAAUACUGGACCCCGUCAGACAGAGGCUCUACCUGAACAGCACCGGCAGGGCCCUCGACCGAGAUCCCCCCUCCUACAUCCAUUCCAUCGUGGUCCAGGUCCAGUGCACCAACGAGCUGGUCGGGAGCAUCAUUCGACACGAGGUGCGCAUCGUUGUGAGGGAUCGCAAUGACAACGCGCCCCAGUUCCAGAAGCCUCGCUACUAUGUCGCCAUAAACGAGUUGACCCCAGUUGGCACCACCAUCUUCUCCGGCUUCACUGGGAAUAAUGGAGCUCUGGACAUUGAUGACGGCCCAAACGGACAGAUCGAAUACAUCAUCCAGUACAACCCAACUGACCCGAUGGCCAACAGGACGUUUGACAUCCCUCUCACCCUUUCUGGCUCGAUGGUCCUGAGGGAGAGGCUCAACUACGAGGAGAUCACCCGCUACCUGGUCAUCAUCCAGGCUAAUGACCGUGCCCCGUACCCCAACGAACGACGCACCGCCACCACCACCCUGACCGUAGACGUGUUGGAUGGGGAUGACCUGGGGCCUAUGUUCCUGCCCUGCUCCCUGGUCGACAACACGCGUGACUGCAGCCCCCUCACCUACCGGGCCCACAUCCUGGAGCUCACUGACCCAAGCAAAGUGAACCCUGUCAACGUGACGCCCAUCAUUCAGGCCGUGGACCAGGACAGGAACAUCCAGCCUCCCUCUGAGAGGCCAGGAAUACUCUACUCCAUCCUCAUUGGUAAGCCUGAGAAGUACGCCGACUUCUUCUCUCUCAACCGAACCACUGCCAAGCUGAUGCUCCUCAAACCACUCAACAGGGACCUGUAUCAAAGAUUUGACUUGGUAAUCAAGGCAGAGCAGGACAACGGCCACCCCCUGCCUGCGUUUGCUAACCUCCAGAUCGAGGUUCUGGAUGAGAACAACCAGGCACCAUACUUUCAAGACACCACAUACCAGGGCUUCAUCAUCGAGUCAGCGCCAGUGGGCACCACAUUGUUCGCUGACGUCAGCCUCACCACCCCCCUGGGCAUCAAGGUUCUGGACAACGACAUUGAGGAGAUGAAAGAUCCCAUGGUGCAGAUAUCCUUGGACAACUACAACACAAUCUUCAUGUUGACACCUUCGGGGAUUACUCGCUACCUGACACUGCUGAAGCCCAUGGACCGUGAAGAGCAGGACAGCUACACGUUCACGAUGAUGGCUUCAGACGGAGUUCAGGAGAGCCCUACAGUGACCGUUCAUAUCACAGUGAUUGAUGCCAACGACAACACACCAACCUUCCUCAACUCCUCCUACAAUGUUAAUGUUUACACAGACAUUCAGCCAGGGGAAACAGUAUUACAGCUGACGGCCCUGGAUGCUGACGAGGGCCCCAACGGGCUGGUGACCUACAAGAUCCUGGCGGGGAAUCAAGGCCACUUCGCCAUCAAUAACCGCUCGGGAGUGAUCACUGUGAUGCCUGGCAUCUCCCUGGCCGUGGGACGCUCCUAUGCCCUGACCGUGAAGGCCAUGGAUAACGGCCCAGAGUCCCAGAGGAGGAGCUCCAUCACCACCGUGUACAUUGAGGUGCUCCCACCCAACAACCAGAGCCCCCCACGCUUUCCCCGCUUCCUCUACAGCCUGGAGGUCAGCGAGGCCAUGAGGACCGGCGCCACUCUCCUCCACCUGCAGGCGAAGGACCGUGAAAGAGAUCCUAUUACCUAUAGCAUCCAGAGCGGAGAUUCCCACCACCUCUUCGAGCUCUCCCGAACGUCAGGGCUUUUGGUCCUGGGCAAACCGCUGGACAGGGAGACAGAGGAUCGCUACACUCUCGUUGUAACAGCCUCAGAUGGCCAUCCGGAAGGGACCUCCACGGCUACUGUGAAUGUUGUGGUCACUGAUGUCAACGACAAUGACCCCGUCUUCGAUCCACUCGUGCCCCAAAACGUAACAGUUACAGAGGAGGAGGCCAACUCUUUUGUGGGCCAAGUAAAGGCCACAGAUCCAGACGUGGGGGUUAAUGGCCAGGUGCGCUACCGACUAGUCAACCACGCCGACCUCUUCAGGGUCAACUCCAAUGGCACCAUCUACACCGCCGUGCCUCUGGACCGAGAGGUCAGGGGUCAGUAUGACCUCAUUGUGGAGGCGGAGGACGGAGCGGUGGAGGACCCCAGGAGGACCACGCUGACUCUGUCGGUGACUGUGCUGGAUGUGGAUGAUAACAGUCCGGUGUUCUCACAACCAUCCUAUACGGUCAAUCUACCGGAGAAUAGUCCUAAGAACACAGUCAUCCUGCAGCUUACUGCCAAAGACUCUGACCUGGACUCCAAUGUCACCUUCCGUAUACGGACCCCGGAGGCCAGGCAAUUGUUUGCUGUCAACCCAGUGACUGGAGAGCUCUCUGUGCUGCAGACGCUGGACUUUGAGACCCUGGCAGCCACGGACCACACCUUUGUGGUGGAAGCCCUGAACAGUGGAGGGAGCAUGCCCCCAGGCCUGGCCACUGUCACUGUAAAGAUAACGGAUAUGAAUGACUACUCUCCAGUGUUCAGCCAGGUGUUGUACAGGGGCAUGGUGGCUCCCAACGCAGUCAAGGGGACUGUGGUCACCACGGUACAUGCAGAGGACCUAGACCCCCCUGGUACCCCUGCCAGCCGUGUGCGUUACAGACUGGACCUCGAUGAGGACCCUUACAGCGGCAGCAUCUUUGACGUGAACGAAGUCACAGGCAGCGUCAUCACACGUGUCAACCUCAAUGAAGAGCCCAAUCUAGUGUUUAGUCUAAUCAUUGUUGCCUAUGACGACGGGGAGCCAGUGAAAGUCAACAAGACCCUGGUGGUUAUCACUGUCCUGCAGCCCUCCGUCAUACCAGUCUUCACCCAGGAGGAAUACAGGUUUCCCCCGGUGAGUGAGAUGGCUACGGUGGGGAAGGUGGUCGGGGUCAUCCUGGCUGCUGCUAUCAAUCAAACAAUCAUUUACUCUAUAGUGGAGGGCAAUGAGGAAGGCGUAUUUAGGCUCAACAACAGCACCGGGGUGUUCUCUACGGCCAAGCAGCUGGACUACGAGACCAAUGCCAGCUACAUCCUCAAAGUGGAGGCUGACUCCAUGGAAGUGGUUGGUUCCAAUCUCAGAGCGCCCUCCAAGACGAACACAGCGAGGGUGUUCAUUGAUGUUUGGGAUGAGAAUGAUCACCCUCCUGUCUUUACCAAACCCUUGUACCUGGGAGGAGUGGCAGAGGACGCCAAAACAUUCACUUCUGUACUACAAGUUCAGGCCCUGGACAAGGACACAGGGAAUUACAGCUCCAUGCAAUACAGGAUUAUUAUCCCCCCCACCACCGACGGCAAGGACGGCUUUGUCAUCGAGCCCUACACCGGCGUCAUCAAGACUGCCAUUAUGUACAGGAACAUGCGACGGUCCUACUUCAAGUUUGAAGUGGUCGCCACUGACAAUUACGGCGAGGGGGGGCUGAGCAGCAAGGCAGAGGUGGUGGUAUCUGUGGUGAAUCUGCUGGAUAUGCAGGUGGUGGUCUCCAACGUUGCUCCUACAGUGGUGGAACAGAACAAGGACAAGCUCCUCGGGAUCUUGGAGCGCUAUGUGCAGGACCAGAUUCCCGGGGCCAAAGUGGUGGUGGAGUCCAUCGGGCCACAGCGGUUCGGCGACGGCUUCGAGCAGGAGGACUACUCCAAGUCGGACCUGAUGGUUUACGCCAUCGACCCUCUGACCAACCGGGCCAUCUCACGCCAGGAGCUAUUCAAGUUUCUGGACGGGAAGCUGCUGGACAUCAACAAGGAGUUCCAGCCGUACCUGGGCCGAGGCGGGAGGAUCCUAGAGAUCCGCACACCGGAUGUGGUGACCAGUGUGAAGAAGGCCGUGCAGACCGUGGGCUACACAGAGGGGGCGCUGCUCGCCCUAGCCAUCAUCAUCAUCCUCUGCUGCAUCCCUGCCAUUCUCAUCGUCAUCAUCACCUACAGACAAUUCAAAGAGAGACAAGCGGAGUGUGCUAAAACUGCCCGGAUCCAAAUGGCCCUCCCUACAGGCAAAUCAGUGGGCGCCGCCACCAACAACCUUUACGAAGAGCUUGGGGACAGUGCCAUGCGUGGGUACGGACAUCAUGAGCAACAACAGUUGCUUAGGCCCUCUCUUCUGAGACCAGAGGAGCUCUCCAUGGAGUCUGGCAUCGACCCAGGCCAGGACUAUUACACCCAGGAUUAUUAUAAUUAUGACCACGGGUAUGAACUGCCUCAGUAUGGCAGUCGCAGGAAGUUGAUAUCUCCGACAGGCCUGUAUGAUGAGUACGGAGAAGUGAUCGUGGACGACGAUGGGAGCUAUUACUACAGCCCGCAGGAGUCGGAGGGAGAGGUGGCCAUGCGGGGUGGGAGGAGGCCCCCUAUGCAAGGCAAAGGACCCCUUCACGGCCCACCCAGUGGCCCCCCCAGACAUGCCUUUAGAGACCAGCAGCCCCCCUAUUCUAGAACAGAGCAGGACCGGCCACCGCCAGAAGAGGGCACUGCUGCAUCAGACUCCAAGCCCCACCAGUCCUCCACGGUCAUUCAGAAACUAAAGGCAGUCAUGAAACUCUGCAAGUUCCCUGUCUCGGUUAGCAAGGAACCUGGUAACCCCCCCUCGCUCCACCCCCCAUGGAACAAAGCCAGGAUAUUCCCCAUGAAGUUCUCCUCCAAGGAUCGGAGGGACAGAGGAGAUGGUGGGGACUUCCUGACACUAACUAAGGCCUGCCGCUCCGACAGUAUUUCGAUCAGGGACAGUGGCAUGGUCAUAGAUGGGAGCUACUUCCAGGUUUCGGAUGAAGCCAAGCCCUCGGUCAAACAGCAGUUGGGGAAAGCGCUGAGCCGUAUAAACAUCUCCAGCAGGCUUCAAGUGCGGAGGAUAUCCCCUAUUGAAAUCCUCAGUGUGAGCUCUCUAGCUGAGCAGAGGAUGUCUGGGUCUGGGUCCCAAAGCUCCAAUGACACUAAGAGGGAGGAGAGGAGGAGGUGGCAGGCCUCCCUGGCUUGGGACAUUAGUGAGCAAGAGGAGGGCAGCAGCUCUGAGGCAGAAACCAUUAGUAAAGAGGCCUACUCCGACAGGAGUAGUAGGAGCAGUGCUGCUUCAUCCUCCACACUGGGUACCGCGGGCUACCCUGGAGGAGACUUAGGUGGAGAGGAUGACCAGGGGAGGGCUGUAGAUUCAGACGAGGAGCAGGAGGAGUGCCAGGGAGAUUCUGAGGAGGAGGAAAGGAUGUCAGAGCGAGACUCAGAUGGGGACUCAGACACAGAGAAGGAUUUGGAGACAGAGGAGGAGUCCCAGACAGAGAGAGACUCAGACACAGAGAAAGAGACAGAUUCGGGAUCAGAGACUGAGGACAACAAGAGGAGUGUGACAUCUGCAGAAACUGAGGACACAGCACCAGGGACUCAGAAGUCCUCACCCAGGCCACCAUCCAGUAGAAGAUCCUCUGUGGUCACCAGCCAGAGCAAUGACAGAGACCGUGGCGGUGGCACAGACAGGUCACAGAGCCGCAGUAGCAGAGCCAGUAGGAGAGCAUCCUCUGACAACAGUGGAAGUGUCUCUGACCCAAGCUCCAGGAGCUCUAGAUUUACCAGGACAAGAAGCGCUAGAUCCAGGUCCUCCUCCCACACUCUAGGGUCCGAGGACACCAUCGAUGAGGAGAGCGAGGAAGAGGAGGAGUCUUCGGGGGAGGAGGAAGUGGAGGCUGAGAGCGAAGAAUCACCAGAGGAGCAUAGUGAAGGGUCGUCGUCCAGGAAGUCCAGUGGGAGUCGGACAAUGGCCUCAACAGGAAAUGGACGAGGACCGACCGCCGUGUCCUACUCUACAGAGGUCAGCGGUGGCAUGAUGGACACCUCAGAUUACCAUUCCCCUAUCACCGAGGACGAGGAGGAGGAAGCCACGAUGAAGAGACCGUCCAGCGGCAUUUAUGGAAAAGGCUUGAAGCAGAGCACAGAGGAAGAGGAGGAGGAAGACGGGGAAUCUGAAGAUGACAACCCAGCUGAUUCCGAUGCUGAUGAAGCCGUAACAUCUUAAAGUGAAUUCCGAUCCCAUUAAUACGGGAGAAAGAAGCGGAUUAAGCUGGUGGUGGACAGGGAGUAUGAGACUAGUUCGACGGGGGAGGACAGCGCUCCGGAGCCCCAAAGAAACCGUCUGUCUAACCUGACCAACCACAGCAACAUCAAUGGCAGCGUGUACCUGGCGCAGAACGGCUCGGUCAUACGCACCCGCCGGUGUGUCCACUCAAACAACAUCAAGGUCAACU